AUGGUAAUCAAUGCUAAGACAAAAAAUUCAGCAGAUAAAUGCAGAGAUCUGGAUCGACAUUGUUUUGAUUUAAUUGCACAAGAUGGAAGUCAGUGUUUGAAAUCAGCAUUUGCCAAGAAAAAUUGUUUAAUGACAUGUAUGAUAUGUGGUGAAAUCGAGAAAAAAUAUGAUGUACGUUAUGUACCAGAAUUAUUGAAGCCACUAGCCUGGUUAAUUGGAAUUUGGCGUGCUGAAUCUGGUGGCAAAGCAAUCUUUCCAACAAUACCUGUAUUUACAUAUGGGGAACAAAUUGAAUUUUCAUUGCCAACUUCCAGCUUAAAAGCUCUUAAAGCACUUAACUAUACAGCUUUUGCAUGGGAUAUGAAUAAUCGUGAGGAGUUGCAUAGUGAAUAUGGUUUUAUAGCUAUGAAACCGAAUACAAAAGAAGUUGCUUUGUCAACUGUUAUGAACAAUGGCUUUGUAAUGAUUGAACAAGGUCCAUUGCAUGGAAAAUCAAUUAAACUUGUUUUGCAAGAUAUUGGUCGAAUAAGUUUCAGUCGAGAUUUACCAGUACAUGGGACAAUUCGAGAAUUUCGAUUGUUGGACAUCGAAACACUUGAACAACGAUUUAUGAUGGAAACUUUAACACAUCGGAUGCAAAUGCAUACUUCUAUUCGAUAUAAAAAAAUUUAUCCGAAAUAA